GGUAAUUUCGUGGUUAGGGGUUUACAGAAACAACCUUGCAUGACUCUACGAAGUUCGUGGAACGUUCGCUCCUAGCCUCCUUCGAUGGAAACAGAGAAAAAUUGACAGCUUUGAACGGAAUCUCACAAUAAGAUUUGAACUUGCCUUUUAAGAUAGCCAAUAUUGAAUGCAGUAUUUAAAGAUUCUGCUAGUAAAGAAUCGAUUACAUAAGGAUGGGACGCGCAAAAUUGAACAUGGAACUGAUAAGCAAGGAGAAAUCAAGAAACAUAACAUUCAAGAAAAGAAAGGAGGGUUUGAUGAGAAAAAUGCAUGAAUUCACCACAUUGUGUGAUGUUAACGCAUGCGUGAUAAUCUAUCCCCCUAAACAAGACAAGAACACAGAAGAGCCAGAAGUGUGGCCUCAAAAUCUCGAAGAAAUACGACGAAUAAUCGACAUAUACAAGAACAAGAACAAAGAUUCUGGGAACAAAACGUACGGCCUGUCGGAUUUUUUUAUCGAGCGGAAGCGAAAAAUCAAAGACGAGCUUGAGAAAUUGCGGAAAAAGAACAUGGAAGCUAAGUACCCUACUAGAAUUAAUAUGAUGGAUGUACUGUCAGAAACUCAGUUGAGGGAAUUUUAUGCCUUGUUGAGCAAUAAGGCUGAAUACGUCAAGUCGAGGAUCGAAAUGUUGAAACGAAACGACAAUGGAUUCAAUAUGAAUACGAUGGAUUUGGGUCAUGGAAGAUUGAUCCAAAGAGGCAUAGAAUUAGAGGUGAUAAAUCAGCAGCAGGCAAUUUCCUCUAUGAAACCAGUUGAAAUGCAUGUACCUAUUCAUUAUCCUAGUAUUGAUCAUCACCAAGAAAUGCAUUCUAUGAUGCUUUUGAUGAAUGACAAUGAUCGUGUCCAAUUUGGUGGUGCAUCAAGUGGUAGUAAUAUCCAGUGUGCAUCAUUUCAGAGACAGGUGUUUUAUGAGUCCACGGCCGCUGCCGGUCAUGGGGUUGUGGACAAUGUGAUGUGCCAUAACCCGGUAGCAUUAGCACGAUACUACGCCGUGGCUCCACCAGUCCUGCCGCCUGUGCCACCAACGUACUUGCAGCAUGCCGUUGCGCCACCACUGAAUUCUUUGAAGGAGAGUGAUGAGCAAGAUGAUGUUUUUCAGUAUCAAAUCAAGAACGAAAUGGUAAGGUACUAUGAGUGAGCAAGUAGUCAAGUGAUUUGUGAGAUGAUUCUUUGAAAUUCUUCUAUUCUUUAAGUUUUUCUUGUUGGAUUAUAAUUAGUUUGUCGAGCUUUCCUAAUGAAGUAGCAAAUUUCAAUAAAUGUAAGACACUUCUUACU